AUGCGUUCUGUACAUCAUCGUGCGACACAAACAAUUGCAGCACCUGAUCUAUCAUACUACGAAGAAAUUUUAUUCAAAAAGACAAUUGAAAUAGUUAUCAAGGAUUUUUGUGAUGUAUUUUUUAUUCAUGGCAAUAAUGCUAAACACGAUCAAAUAGUAAAGAAAUCUGAAUCAUUGUAA